AUGAUAUCAGGCCAGCAGCUUGGAGGUGGGCAGAAGCCUUUCACUGACCAUCUUGGUAGAUUCCGGUCGCUGACGGCCUCUCUUGCUCUGUUUGCUCGCACACCAGGACAAUCCAGCACUGCACUUUUGAGUGGCACUGAACAAGAUCGCAACAAGAGACCAGCCAUUCUGCCAGGAUGUCAUCCGGCAUCCCCAUUCACCGCCUACCCACCGUGACCUCCGGCCGUCAUCCCGCCGCAGCUCCUUCAGCACGAAAACCGUCGGUUGCCUAUCCUCUGCCGUUGCAGCAUACGUCCAGGGCUCCAUCCGGCCCUCCCCGUCAACCUAGCACUGGCCAUGUUUCGAGUCAGCUCGCUCCUCCUUGGCCAUUCAACCCUCAAGAAACAGCGCUAAUCCGAGCCGGAUAUCGUCCCGCCUUCACUCCGGAACCCGUCGCCGCAGACCAAGAGAACGCCUCUUCCCAAAAGCCCAAGAGGAUGGCUGAACCUCGAGCCCGUGCCGCCCGGCACAAGGGCCAGAUGAACUUUGCAUCUGAACUCCGUCUCCUACUCCUUGCCUAUGGUGACCCCAGCCCUCACCCUUCUUUCUCCCCUGAACCUCUCCCCGAAACUGUUCGCGUCCUCGAUGAAAUCGUCACCGAUUUUGUCCUUGAAAUGUGUCAUGGCGCGGCGCAGUACGCGAGUUACUCCCGCCGACAGAAGAUCAAGGUCGAUGAUUUCCGCUUCGCGCUUCGUCGGGACCCGAACAAGCUGGGUCGUGUUCAGGAAUUGUUGCGCAUGGAGCGCGAGUUGAAAGAAGCUCGAAAGGCGUUCGAUCAGAAUGACGACCAGGUUGGAAAUUUGAAAGAUGCCGGCAAGAAGGGCCUCGAGGAACUUGGUGAAAGUGUCGAUGGAAAGAAGAGCAAGGGAAAAGGAAAGAAAAACGCCAGAAGAGAUUCGGAUGUCACGGAGGAUGCGAUGCCGAAGAAGAGAAAGGUCGUGGGAUGAGCCAUAUGCUUUGUGCUUUGUGGCUGGUUCUUUCGUUUUCAUCUACAUUUAACUGGCGUUGGGGGACUGGGGAUAGGGUUUCUUUCAUCUAAUAUAUAUUAUAUCCACUAUCUGGUCGGCAUCGGGGGCGUUUAUCGAAACAGAUAGACAGUUUAAUGCUUUUUAGCUUAUCGAGGAAUCCAUCCUGCUCAAAAGGGUUAAGCUGCAG